ACUACGUGAAUAUCUAUUCUUAAAGAUUGCGCGUCCUACUAUUGAUGACUUGACUUGAAGGAAUCGAGGAAUCAAAUUUUAUUUUGCUACACGUAUGUACGUGGAUGGGUCAACAUUCCUACGUAUCUAUCUGUGUUCUUUUUAUUUCAGCAUGUCGACAGCGCCAGUUCCAACUCACCGCCAGUCAAGUGCUUCAUACUUUACAACACGUCGUCCGGCACAUGUCAGCCACAGAGUUAUGCCGAGUUCAAGGAUGCCGAUCCCUCGUCGUUGCCAGCAAUCCCAUAUCAGCCAGAUCUCGUCUAUCUAUCUUAGUGGUGGUGUGGUAUAAUUAUGGAAUUGUAAUAUUGGGCGCUCUGUUCGUAAAUAUCCACACCGCAAGGACAGUAAGUGUUACAUCACACACAACAAUUUGGGGUCUGUUCCCGGGGGAUUGGCCAACUGCCGGUCAUGUCAAUCCUUCCGAGUCUCUAGCCGUCCGAACCAAGAUCAUGUGGUCUGUACUAUGAGACAAGAGCUGGUGUUCUAGAAUCUGGGUGUGAUGAAGCGCAAGGCAAAAGACAAAUACCCACAGGGCCUGCCAUACUCGUGACAAGUCAGUCACCACGAACGUUCGUUUCCACAAAACUCAACCUGC